UUUAUAUUUCCUCUCCCUGCCAAACCUCAUUCUCCCCAUCCAAACGAGCCCUUGAGAGUAAGAGAAAAAGAGAGAAAUGGGAGCGAAAACGCCGAUCUCUGUAGAUACAAUGGCGAAGGAGAAAGAGAACGGUGACGGUCAAGUUCAGGUGACGGUGGACCUCGAUGCCGGAGCUCUGUUUGUACUUAAAUCCCGAGGAUCAUGGUGGCAUUGUGGGUACCACUUGACGACAUCCAUAGUGGCACCAUCGCUGCUAAGCCUUCCCUUUGCGUUCAAGAUGCUAGGUUGGGUUGGCGGAAGUGUAGGCCUUGCUUUUUGUGGUUUAGUCACUUUCUAUGCCUACCAUCUCCUAUCGCUCGUUUUAGAGCACCACGCUAUGAAUGGUUCUCGUUUACUUAGGUUUCGGGAUAUGGCUACUAAUAUUCUUGGACCCAAAUGGGGCACUUUCUAUGUGGGCCCAAUCCAAUUUGGGGUGUGUUAUGGUUCUGUUGUUGCUGGAAUUCUUAUUGGCGGUCAAAACAUGAAGUAUAUUUAUGUGCUCUCAAAUCCAGAAGGGACAAUGAAAUUAUACCAAUUUAUAAUAAUAUUUGGAUCAUUAAUUCUGAUUUUGGCUCAAAUUCCAUCUUUCCAUUCUCUAAGGCAUAUCAACCUUCUCUCCCUCACUCUCUCCCUUGCUUACAGUGCCUGUGUGACAGUUGCUUCUUUAAUACUAGGUUAUUCCAAGAAUGCACCUCCCAAAGACUACUCCGUUCAAGGGUCCGCAGUCGGACAGCUAUUUAAUGCCUUCAAUGGCAUUUCAGUCAUUGCAACUUCUUACGCAUGUGGAAUGGUUCCCGAAAUACAGGCAACUUUAGUAGCUCCCGUGAAAGGCAAGAUGUUCAAAGGGCUAUGUCUUUGUUACGCAGUGAUAGCAGCCACCUUUCUGAGCGUAGGCAUUUCAGGGUAUUGGGCCUUCGGAAAUGAGGCCAAGGGAACAGUUCUUACUAAUUUCAUGGGCCAAAAUCAGUUACCCUCUUGGCUUCUCAUCAUGACCAAUGCCUUCUGCCUCUUGCAAGUCUCAGCCGUCACCGGCGUUUACUUACAACCCACGAACGAAUUAUUCGAGAAGAAAUUAGCAGACCCAACUAAAAAACAAUUUUCGACCCGUAACAUUGUGCCGAGGUUGAUAUCACGGUCGUUAACAGUGAUCAUUGCCACCAUAUUUUCAUCCAUGUUGCCUUUCUUUGGGGAUCUAAUGGGACUAAUUGGAGCACUAGGGUUCAUUCCUCUCGACUUCAUCAUGCCGAUGGUUUUCUACAAUGCGACUUUCAAGCCUUCGAAGAGAACCUUUAUUUUUUGGAUAAACAGUGUGAUUGUGGCGAUUUCAUCAGUACUUGCUGCAAUUGGAGGCGUUGCAGCCAUUCGACAAAUCAUUUUGGAUGCUAAAGAAUAUCGUUUAUUUGCUAACGUGUGACCUAAAUAUCACUGGUAGUCACUUAUAGCAAAUGUUAUUAAAAAAAUAAGUGUACGUUGUCAUGUUUUAAUAUAAUAUCGCUUUUUAAAA